GAAAUUUGUUCUCGCAAAUAAACUCCAAGUUUCUUUAGUUAAUGUCAAAUUAAUUAUCCGCACAGCUUCAUGCGUCUUUAAAGGUUUUCUGGCUAAUGAGGCAUAUCGAGAGAAGCACAUUUCUACUUCUAAGAUUUUGGAAUUUGUGGUCGAAGACGAAACAAUAAUGAAGAAACAAUUCAAUCGAAUGAAACAACUCGCCAACCAAACAGUUGGCAGGGCAGAGAAAACAGAAGUCCUUAGUGAUGACCUGUUACAGAUUGAGCGUCGUAUGGAAACGGUCCGAGUGGUGUCCCACAACACACACAAGAGACUGGUCACAUGUUUACAGGGGCACAUAGGAACUGAUGCAGAGAAGAGACAUAAAAAGCUCCCCCUGACAGCCUUGUCCCAGGCCAUGCAGGAUGGAGGGAGUCAGCUAGGGGAGGAGUCUCUUAUUGGAAAAAUGAUGGAGCUUUGUGGAGAAGCAGAAAACCGGCUGGCGUCCGAGCUGAUGCAACACGAGGUUCAGAUUGAAAAGGACAUUUUAGAUCCCCUCAAUCAGUUAGCUGAGGUGGAUAUUCCUAACAUCCUGAAACAGAGGAAGCAGUUGGCCAAGCUGGUGCUUGACUAUGACUCCGCACGGGCUAGGUGGUUGCAGGCAACCAAGUCGAUAAUCUCAGGAACAAACACACAAGCGCUAACUGCCAAGGCUGACUUGCUUAAAGAAGAGAUGGAUGAGGCUUUGAACAAAGUGGAGAUGUGCAAGGACCAACUUGCCGCUGACAUGUACAAUUUCUCUUCAAGGGAAGGGGACUAUGCCCGCCAUUAUGUUAUGUUAUUAGAGGCGCAAGCGGAUUACCAUCGAAAAUCUCUCACUGUGCUAGAGAAUGUCCUGCCUGCCAUUCAAGCUCAGCAAGACUCGUGGACCGAAAAGCCAGCGUUUGGAACAGCCCUCGAUGAGCACUUGAAGAGGAGUGGCAGGGAAAUAGCAUUGCCCUUAGAAGCUUGUGUGAUGAUGCUACUGGAGACUGGCAUGAAGGAAGAGGGCCUUUUCCGCAUCGCUGCAGGGGCGUCAAAGCUGAAGAAGCUGAAGGCAGCGCUGGAUUGUUCCACCUCUCAGCUAGAGGAAUUCUAUUCUGACCCUCAUGCUGUUGCUGGAGCACUUAAGUCCUAUUUGAGGGAACUGCCAGAGCCUCUUAUGACUUACCAGCUGUAUGAUGAGUGGAUUCAGGCAGCUAAUGUGCCUGACCCAGACAAACGAUUACAAGCAUUGUGGGUGACUUGUGAUCAGUUACCAAAGAGCAACAAAGCUAAUUUCAGGUACCUGGUGAAGUUCCUUGCUAAGCUUGCUCAAGAGAGCGAGAUCAAUAAGAUGACUCCGAGCAACAUUGCCAUUGUGUUGGGACCCAACCUACUGUGGACCAAAACCGAGGGGAGCCUGGCAGAGAUGGCUGCCGCUACGUCUGUUCAUGUGGUGUCCAUUAUUGAACCAAUCAUCCAGCAUGUGGACUGGUUUUUCCCUGAAGAUGUGGAGUUCAACGUAUCAGGCAUGUUCACCAUGCCGACGCCUUUGACGAACCACGUAAACCAUCUGACCACACCGGACUACGACUCCGGCACUACGGAACGGAAGAGGCCUGGCAGCAUGGUGGGACCUGAGUGUGAAAUGCCACGUAGAGACAGCUCUGCUAACAAAUUACUGGAUCACAAUCCUCGUAGAGGCAGUACUUUAACUAGAAAACAGCAUGCUUCGCCUGCCUUCCAACCCCCACUGCCCCCGGUGGAGGCUGCAGGUACUGCAGCAGGGCAGCCUGUUGCUGAGCUCCUGUUCCAGCAGCCUGCGCCGGUGGGCUUGGGCUUGGAGGCUUGCCAACCUAGCUUGGCGCUGGGGAUGGCUGCCUUAGCAGCAGCACAGCAGCUUCUCGCCCAGCACACUGAGGAGAUCAGCCCAAAGUCAUGUGAUCCUGCAUCUACACCCCCACCACAGAGAAAUGGGAUGGGGGGGUCAGGCCAGCUGACUGUGGGACAAGUGCCAGCAACUUCCGGGCACAGUCCUCACAUGGCACGAAGAGGUACCAAGAAGCCAGCCCCUGCCCCACCUAAACCACCAAACCCACCACCAGGGCAGCCAACCGGUCAGACAGCACAGCAUCCUCCUUCAGGGACAUCUCAGUCCCUAACCCCCUCUUCUAGACCUGCCUCCAGUCACUCUCCCACCAGUCUUAGCCCUACUCAGUUAGCGGCUCAACCCGCUACAGCACCUCGUCGCCACUCAAGCAACCAGCCUCCCAUUCAGGCUCCCAACCAUCCACCUCCGCAGCCUCCUACACAGGUCACACCCCCUUCUCAAGUCAAAUCCCUCAGUCAGACCGGACGAGAGCCGGAAGGGGACAUAUCCCCACCAAGCACACCCACUCCCCCUAACACCCCGCCACCAACAGCAGCUAACAGUGAUGGCCCGGGCACAAAUGCCUUCCCUCCAUUUCAGUCAGGCUCACUCCCCCGUCCACGGCCUGUGCCUAAACCCCGCAACCGACCAAAUGUUCCUCCUCCACCACAGCCGCCAGGAGCCGGGAAUGAUUCUAAUGGUAUCUGCAGCGCCGCAUACAAAAUGAUGGAUUCGGGGAUGUCAUUUAAACCCCUACAUCGAGCUUUCAUUCCUGACUUGGAUCCACAGCCUGCCCCUCAAGCCAAGGACAGCGAGCUUGACUCUGAGAGCACGGUGUUGUAAGGCUGAGGGGGCCUGCCUUGCUUAUGCCUCCGGACCCACUCCUCUCAUCCCAAAGAACCGCCAACCUACUUCCAUCAACACAUCAGCCCGAAGAUGUCUGGAUUCCACAAACUGUCUACGCUUCUGGCAAUCAACCUUCUCAAAGUAUCAUUUAAUCACCGCUCUGUAGAACUGAGGAGACGUAUGCAUAGCUGCCUUGCAUUUAUAAACAAUACGGUAAUACAAAGGAAAAAAAAAAAAAAGGCUUUAGUAAAAAAUGU